AUGUCUGCAGCUCCAACUUCUCGCGCCAUCGUCCGGCAAUCAAAACUUCUCCUGCGCCGAAACAACUUUAGACAAGCUUCCACAACAUCAGAAGCUGCUGCCAAAGCACAAGAAACAGGUCAACAGGCUGUCUCGAAAGCUUCUGAAGGCCUCAGUCGCGUCCAGAGCUCCGCUAGCUCCGCCAUCUCCAAAGCCGGCGAUGCGCUAGGAAAGGUUGGCGGAAGAACGGGUAGAGUGAUUUCUCGAGUUCAAUCAUUAAUACCACCAACCAUCUACUAUUCUCGUGUUGGAUUGGAACUCUCCAAGAUUCUCUACAAGGGUCAACAAUGGGCUCCUCCCUCUCUCGCCCAAUUCCAAUCAUAUUUCCAGCCUCUCGCCAAUGUAGUUCGCAACCCCCGAUCUCUCAGCUCUGGCGCCGCCUCCGUGUCCAACUCGAUAAACCUUGAAACCAUUCUCCGCAGCAUCAGAAAUGUCAACCGUCAGCAAUUAACCACUGUUGGACUUGUCGGCGCCGAAGUCCUUGGCUUCUUUACAGUGGGAGAGAUGAUUGGACGGUUCAAGCUUGUUGGUUAUCACGGUGACGCUCACCAUGGGCAUUAG